UUCCUUCGGAGGGUGGAAAACCCGCAGGCUGCCGCAAUGCCCCUCAACAUCAGCUUCGCCAACAAGAACUAUGACCUGGACUACGACUCGGUGCAGCCGUACUUCUUUGACGAAGAGGAAAACUUCUACCAACAGCAACAGCAGAGCGAGCUGCAGCCGCCGGCGCCCAGCGAGGAUAUCUGGAAGAAAUUCGAGUUGCUGCCCACUCCGCCCCUGUCCCCCAGCCGCCGCUCUGGGCUCUGCUCGCCCUCCUACAACCUGGCCUUCUUCUCUCCCGGGGGAGACGAUGGAGGCGGCGGUGGCAGCUUUUCUACGGCCGACCAGUUGGAGAUGGUGACCGAGCUGCUAGGGGGAGAUAUGGUGAACCAGAGCUUCAUCUGCGACCCGGAUGAUGAGACCUUCAUCAAAAACAUCAUCAUCCAGGACUGUAUGUGGAGCGGUUUCUCCGCCGCUGCCAAACUAGUCUCGGAGAAGCUGGCCUCUUACCAAGCUGCGCGUAAAGACAGCGGCAGCCGGAGUCCCACCCGCGGCCCGGGCGGCUGCUCCACCUCCAGCCUAUACCUGCAAGACCUGAGCGCCGCCGCCUCCGAGUGCAUCGACCCCUCCGUGGUCUUCCCCUAUCCGCUCAAUGACAGCAGCUCACCCAAACCCUGCGCUUCGCCAGGCUCCACCUCUUUCUCCUCGUCCACGGAAUGUCUGCUCUCCUCCGCUGAGUCCUCCCCGCGGGCCAGCCCCGAGCCCCAGGCGCUCCAUGAGGAGACACCCCCCACGACCAGCAGCGACUCUGAGGAAGAACAAGAAGAUGAGGAAGAAAUCGAUGUUGUUUCUGUGGAAAAGAGGCAGCCCCCUGCCAAAAGGUCAGAAGCAGGGUCACCCGCUUCCGGAGGCCACAGCAAACCUCCUCACAGCCCUCUGGUCCUCAAGAGAUGCCACGUCUCCACCCACCAACACAACUACGCAGCCCCGCCCUCCACCAGGAAAGACUACCCCGCCACCAAGAGGGCGAAGUUAGACAGUGGUAGAGUCUUGAAACAGAUCAGCCACAAUCGCAAAUGUGCCAGCCCCAGGUCUUCAGACACGGAGGAGAACGACAAGAGGAGGACACACAACGUUUUGGAACGUCAGAGGAGGAAUGAGCUGAAAAGGAGCUUUUUUGCCCUUCGAGACCAGAUCCCAGAGUUGGAAAACAAUGAAAAAGCCCCCAAAGUAGUUAUCCUUAAAAAAGCCACAGGAUACAUCUUGGCCAUUCAAGCGGAUGAGCAGGAUCUCAUUUCAGAAAAGGAUUUGUUGCGGAAACGGCGGGAUCAGUUGAAACAUAAACUUGAACAGCUACGGAACUCUUGUGCGUAA